UGACAUCCGCCCUCGUGCGUCACAGAAUGGCCACGGACACCCGGGCAGCUCCUGACGUGUCGGGGAGGAGCCUGGCGCGGAGGUCCGUGGAGUGGAGCUUGGGGCUGCAGAGGGAAGCGUCGCUGAUCGGCUGGGCGGGCCUGGCCAGGCCGGCAGCACAGAGACGUGGGUCGAGCGGUGGCGAACAUGAGCUUUUGACACAUUAGAGGCUUUCUUGAUCAUGGAUGGUGAAGAUAUACCAAAUUUUUCAAGUUUAAAGGAAGAAAAUGCUUAUUGGAAGGAACUUUCCUUGAAGUAUAAGCAAAGCUUCCAGGAAGCUCGGGAUGAGCUGGUUGAAUUCCAGGAAGGAAGCAGAGAAUUAGAAGCAGAGUUGGAGGCGCAGUUAGAACAGGCAGAGCAAAGAAACAGAGACCUACAAGCCGAUAACCAAAGACUGAAAUACGAAGUGGAAGCAUUAAAGGAGAAACUAGAACAUCAGUAUGCACAGAGCUACAAGCAGGUUUCUGUAUUAGAAGACGAUUUAAGUCAGACUAGGGCCAUUAAGGAGCAGCUGCAUAAGUACGUGAGAGAGCUGGAGCAGGCCAACGAUGACCUGGAGCGAGCCAAACGAGCAACAAUAGUAUCCCUGGAAGACUUUGAACAAAGGCUAAAUCAGGCCAUUGAACGAAAUGCGUUUUUAGAAAGUGAACUUGAUGAAAAGGAGUCUUUGUUGGUUUCUGUACAGAGGUUAAAGGAUGAAGCACGAGAUCUAAGGCAAGAACUAGCGGUUCGGGAAAGACAACAGGAAGUGACCCGCAAGUCGGCUCCCAGCUCCCCGACCCUGGACUGUGAGAAGAUGGACUCUGCUGUCCAGGCCUCGCUCUCCUUGCCGGCUACUCCUGUUGGCAAAGGAACGGAAAACAGUUUUCCUUCUCCAAAAGCUAUACCAAAUGGUUUUGGAACCAGUCCACUGACUCCAUCAGCUAGGAUCUCAGCACUAAACAUUGUGGGGGAUCUCUUACGGAAAGUGGGGGCUUUAGAAUCCAAGUUAGCAGCUUGCAGGAAUUUUGCAAAGGACCAGGCAGCACGGAAGUCGUAUAUUUCAGGGAAUGUUAACUGUGGAGUGAUGAAUAGCAAUGGCACCAAGUUCUCUCGAUCAGGGCACACAUCUUUCUUCGACAAAGGGCAAGAAAAAGUCAUAUUUCCCACGUUGUUCAUGGAUAUUUCUGUACAUUGUAAGAGAUCUGGAAAUAUUAAAGUAGUAGAAAAUGAACCUAGAGGGAAGAAAAGCAACUACUGGGCAGUAAAUGGCUUCGACCCUGCUCCUCCUCCUCCUAGUCUGGGCUCGUCGCGGCCGUCUUCAGCACCGGGUAUGCUGCCUCUCAGUGUGUGAGUGCGGCCUCCAGGUGGAGGAUCCUGCCCUCCUCCAGCAGCCCAGGACACCCGCCUCGCCCUUCGGUGCCUGGGCCAGCCCCGUGCCCCCUUCCUGCCUCCCACGGCUGGCAGUGGGCGAGCUGCAUGCAGUGGCGGCUGCUGGGCCCCGCCCAGCCCCAGGACUCUGCGCCAUCUCAAUACUGGCUAUUUUCUUUUCCUGCCGUAGUGCCGUUGGUUUCACAUGAUUGCACUUUUGUGGGUCACAAGGUGAUACAUACGUGUGUGACUUGGUCACUGGAUGCAGAAGUACCCAUUCAUCACACCUGCCUCGUAGCCCACUCUGCUGUGCCGAUAGGACUUAGUUGUGUUUAGGACACUGCAGAUCUCUAGACGUUCUCCCCCAAUCAGGUUAACGUGUGCCCUCCUCCUGCGCGCCCAUCUGAGCAUCUCCAGUGCUGAUAAUCAUGUGUCCCCGCUCCACCCGUACAGCCUGGGCCUGCUUCAGGCAGAGGCAGAAUGGCGCUGAGUUAAGGACGCGCGUCAGCACCUCCCGACCCAGCAGCCGGCACCAGUCCGCCGUUGCCUCCCGCGGCCACGGGCCGCUGUCUGAGCCACGGGGCAGGAGCCUCCGGCCCGGCACCCCAAGGCUGAGCCUUUGCGUGGCCGCCUCUCCCACGCGCCUCAGACUCCGGGAGGGGGUGGCAGCCUCCUCCCCAGCUGUCUGGUCCUUCAGCUGAGUGACAGUUUCAGACUUUGUUUUCAUGUCUGAGGGGCCACCCCGUUUCAUAGGGAAGGACUGAGUGGCCUAAUUCAGGGGCCGGCUGACCGGAAGUGGCUGUCCUGUGCACCCUUUGAUUACUCUCAUGCUGCACUUACUGUUUCCGUUGUUUUAUUGUACAUAGGUUUGUAAACAUUACCGCCUGAGGUAUCUGUAUAUAACUUGGGCAUUUAGCUUUAUUUAUUCCAAACUCAUACGGCAUGUUACUGACUUACGAUGGUGUCCUACUCCGGGCAGUUGUAGAGGAUCAUCAUGUGGUUAAAAAAUAAUUCCCUCCCUCCCCUAAAUCUUUUAAUGUGGAAACAAUAAAUUUCACAGAAAAAAAGGA